AUGGUUUUACCUAUUCCAAAAAAUACAACUACUAUCUAUGUGAAGAACAGUCCUGAUUCUGAAAUCGUGGCCAAAUUCGGUACACCUGAAUCUACAUUCGAAAAGAAGGUUGAACCAGUUCGUGAAUUAAAGCAAGGUGAACUUCUUGUUAGAAACCUUUAUUUCUCCAACGACCCAACACAAAGAGUUUGGAUCACUAAAGAUAUUCCUCCUGAAGCCCUUUAUGUUGAUCCUAUCAGAGAUGGAGAACCUAUGAGAUCGUAUGCAGUUGUUCAAGUAUUGAAAUCCAAUGAUCGCAAAUAUAAACCUGGGGAUAUCGCUUCCUCAUUAACUUUUUGGGGUGACAAUGUUAUUAUCCCUUCAAGUUUUGUGAAUGCUAAGGUUUUCAAGUUAUUGGGAUUGCCAUUGACUGCAUAUGUAGACGUAAUUGGAGGUACUGGGUUAACGGCUUAUUUCAGUAUGUUUGAGGUGGCUAAAUUGAAGAAAUCUGAUGUGUUGGUGGUUUCUGGUGCUGCUGGUGCCACUGGUUCAAUGGUAGUACAAAUAGCUAAGAAAGUUAUUGGUGCUAAAAAAGUCAUUGGUAUUGCAGGAGGUGAAGCCAAAUGCAAUUUCGUUAAAUCUUUAGGUGCUGAUGAAUGUGUUGAUUACAAAUCAAAAGAUUUCGUUGGUGAUAUGAAGAAAGCUUUAGGAGAAGAAAAGGAAUGUGAUGUUUUCUUUGACGGUGUUGGAGGUGAAAUUUUAGAACAAAUGAUGUUUUUGACCAAAAGACAUGGUUUAAUUGUUGCUUGUGGAUCUGUCUCCGGAUAUAAUGACCAAGGAAGGUCUUCAAUUCGUACAUGGGGUUUAAUCACUACCAGAAGAUUGAAUGUUAAAGGUUUCAUUAUCAUUGACUUCCUUUCAAAAGCUCUUAGAGCAGUUUUAUGGUUAACCUGGUGGAUUAAAAGGGGACACAUCAAAUAUGAUCCUAGCCAUACUGAGAUUGAUGAUUUAUCCAAUGACACCGAUCCUUUGGAUAAAAUUCCUCUUGUUCUAAACAAAUUGUUUAAUGGAGAAAAGAAGAAUGGUAAAUUAGUUACCAAAAUAGCUGACCCCCUUUGA